UGCGAAACGGCCAUCACGAAAGCCGCCGUCGAAACGCCGGCGGCGCUUGAAAGGACAUGGCAGCAGCACUACCACCAUUGCACGUAAAGAAAAUUCAAGUAGGAGUGGAAGUGCUGCCGCCAGUACCUUUGAGUUUGGACGAAGGAGAAGACCCAACGGAGGACGUUGUCGACGCCAUCGUGAGGGAAGGCGGCCGUGUGCUGUACGAAAAGUACUUGAACGCAUCGGUGGUGCCAUACACAUGCACGUGGGUGACGCGGUCGCUGGAAGAGCUCUUGGCAGUUGUGACGAUGAACACUCAAUGCGAUUUUGUCGUGCCGACGUGGGACGCUGAGUCAUCGGUCAUUCCACUGGACAAUUUGGCUCGAGCUAUGGUGCCAGUAGCUCCAAUGCAUCAGUCCAAAUACAAGAUGGUGCUGAGUGUGCUCGAAUCCGAAGACUCUUCUACCGACGUUGGCGAUUGUAUCGAGGCACCUCCAUGGAAGCAAUCGGACGGCAAUAAUGGAAGUGUGACUGACGGGGAGAUAUUUGUUUCAGUGUCAAGUCCUCACGUUCCUAGACCAGACCCCAUUCUCGUCUCAGCUCCAUCGGGCGACGUUGCGAACUACAUCCAGCCCAUUCAAGAACCUCCCGAAACGAAUGCGGAAACGAGAAGACACGAAGAAGAGCGGCGGCGAAAGCUGCUCAAAGUGCUUGAAGAAGCCACAAUUUCGCAACAGCAACAAGAUCUCCUGGCGCAGCAGCGGUCGGCCCAGUCGUCCCGCCCGGUAUCGUGUCCGUCAACAAGUCCGCGAAAGAGGAGAUCCAUGCAACAAAACUCGGUCAAAGACUCUGCUCAAACAAAACGAGUGGAUGCCUCGCCCACGACACCUGCUGUCAGCAUUGGUUUUGCCGUCUUUGACGUACAGUACAUUGAUGGCCGAGUGCACAAACGACCAGCAUCUAUGGGCUCAAAGAAGCCCCAGCCCACUACGACCCCACGAUGCGACCGCACGAUUCCUUCCAGACAGCAGAAAGAUCCACCCAAAGUGACGUCCGGGACCGCUGAGCCAGUUCCUAUCCCCGUGCUGUCAAGAGCACUCGUCCACGACGCCCCGCAUGUCGACUACCAACCAACUUCAUAUGGAAACGUGUUGCAAGACCUUGUGCUCAUGCCUGGAGUCAAAAUAUCGUCGCUCGCAUCUCCGACCAAGCUACCAUUACCUGAAAUGCAGCCACCCAGCAGAAUUCACGAGGGCUGCAAGGGUGACCAUCCAUCAAAGGAUGGUGGCAAUGCGGCUCGUGGAGCGACAACGACACGUCUCGAUAUCAAGCUGCAAUCCGUACAAUCCGUUCUCGAAGGGUCGUAGUGUCAUGGACGUGGCGUGUAUUGUAGAAGGCAGUGGAGCGAACUGCAUCUUUGUUUGCCAAACCGCCGCCUCCAUCCCCAAAGCCAUCAUCAUCACAGGAAGAGCGGCGACGGCAUCCUCCUGCCACCGAUGUUGCCAUGCGGAUUCCACUAUCCCCACCCAAGCCAGAAAUCGCCCGACAGAACAGCCGACCUCGCACAACUCCAUCACGUACGUGCACGCCUCCGAAACACAUCUCACGGCAUCUCGGCAGCUCUGGCAGUAAGCAGGCGGCCCACCAAACCAAAAUAGCACUCUAAUUAUUGUUAACAAUGCCCACUCGCACCCGC